AUGGAACAACCCGAAGAAAAUGCAUCUACGAGCUCUGUGUAUGCAUUUGAUGGAAACAAGUUGAAAAGAGCUAUUGACUGUAUCGAUCCGUUUGGAAAAAAAAAAAUUUUUGUGGAACGAUCUGUCGACAAUUUAAAAAGUGUAGCUGCAAACCCCAUGUGCACUGCACACACAUUUGGUGUGAACAUGUCGAAGAGAACUGUUGAUCACAUGGAUCUAUUUGCGAUCCCAAACACUUGUCAAACACAAACAUUCAUGGAAAAACCAAGUAACCAUGAAGACUGUGCAUCUCUGAAGACAAUGUACACUGGAUAUGAAUUUGAUGCAAACAAGUCGACGAGAAAUAUGGAUUACAUGAAUCCAUUUUCAGUCCCAGACAACUCUGAAAUAAGUAGAUUCAUGGGGCAGCCGAUCAAGUGUGAAGAAGGAGCAUCCUCAAGUCCACUGUACACAGCAUACACGUUUGAUUCUGACAAGUCGAAUGGAGCUACAGAUCAUAUGGAUCCCUUUGCUGUUAAGAACUGGGGGCAAGAACUUUAUUUAACAAAAUAUGGGUCUGCUAUAAAAGAUUUUGAAGAUCAUUUGCUAAGAAAACAGAUGAUGAUGCAAAGAAGGGUUCCCUCACUUCAUGCUGAUUUAGUAGAGACAAAUCCGGUGAAGGAUAUUUCCAUUGCAGAUCUUGUUAGGAAUGCGGUUAUGUGUCAUGAUAUAAGUGUACCAGAUGCUGCUCUUAUAGCUGUCUCAGAUGUUAAUGAACCCAUAUCUGCGAGGCCUUUUCAACCUUAUCGAGACAUAAUCUUAAAUAAGCCUGAUGGGCAGUGUUUGAUGAAACAGUUUUUGGAGGGUGGUUAUGUUCACGACCAACUUUCACUGGGAAAUAGUAGAGGAGAAGGAGAAGGUGUAGCAGAAAAUCAUUUGAAUACUUCUGUUGUGUCGGCAGAUAAAGAAAACAAAGAUAGGAACAUUGAUAGUGAUGUAGAAGCUGCAAAAAAACAUGAUAAAGGUGAAUAUGCAAGUGUUCAACCUGAUUCAAAACAUAUUGCAAGUUUUCACCUAAACAAAUCAACCCAAGGUGAUGAAUAUGAAAGAAAUUUGGCUGUCAAGGGCACAUUAGGUUUUUCUACCGACGAGGUAUUUAAGUCUCGUCAAGAUUUAAUGGAUUGGGUGCAAGAUGUGGGCCGUUCUCUUGGUUAUGUUAUUGUCACCAAAAGAUCCAAGUCAAAACGUGGAUACAUGUCUAAAGUUAAUCUUAAGUGUGAUCGUGGUGGUAUAUUCAAAAGUAAAAGCUCCAUUAGAACUACUGGGAGCAAAAAAAUUAAUUGCCCAUUCGAAUUGGUCGGAAAAUACUAUAAGGUGAAUGAUUUGUGGGUAUUAGAGGUGAUAUGUGAGAAACAUAAUCAUGAACCUGCAUUAGACAUGGAGGGUCAUCCACAUGCAAAGCGAUUGUCUAAAGAUGAAGCUCGUUUGGUGGGUGAUUUGUUAAACAAGAAUGUGAAACCACAAGAAAUUCUAUCAACAUUGAAGGAGCAAAAUACAUAUAAUGUGUCCACAAUGAGAACCAUUUACAAUGCACGGCAUAAGUUUCGGCGGACCGAACAUGCAGAAACAUCUAUGGGACUACCCAUCAGUGAUGAAGAAAGUGUAUCUCUGAGUCCAGUGUACACCGAGUAUGCAUCUGAUGCAAACAAGUCAGAAAACACUAUUGGUCACACGGAUCCGUCUAGGAUACUGAAUACGUGUGUAACAUGUGAGCAUGGGCUAGGCCAGGAGGGCGUUUAUGCUGACAACCAAUUUCUAACGGGGAGUAGCGGAGGAGAAGGAGAAGGCAUUGAAGAGAAUCGUGUGGAUACUGAUGUCAAGUCGGUAGAUAAAGAAGACAAAGACAGGAACAUUGAUAGUGAUGUAGAGGUUGCAAAUAAACAUGAUAAAGGUGAAUAUGUAGGUGUGCACCCUGAUUCAAAGCAUAUCGCGAGUUUUCACCCAAACAAAUCAACCCAAGGUGAUGAAAAUGAAAGAAAUUUGGCCACCAAGGGCACAUCAGGUUUUUCUAGGGACAAGGUAUUUAAGUCUUGUCAAGAUUUACUGGAUUGGGUGCAAAAUGUGGGCCGUUCUCUUGGUUAUGUUAUUGUCACCAAAAGAUCCAAGUCACAAAGUGGAUACAUGUCUAAAGUUAAUCUUAUGUGUGAUCGUGGUGGUAUAUGCAAAAGUAAAAGCUCCAUUACAAGUAUUAGGAGCAAAAAGAUAAACUGCCCAUUCGAAUUGGUUGGAAAAUACUAUAAGGUGAAUGAUUUGUGGGUAUUACAGGUAAUAUGUGGAAAACAUAAUCAUGAACCUGCAUUAGACAUGGAGGGUCAUCCAUACGCAAUGCGAUUGUCUGAAGAUGAAGCUCGUUUGGUUGGAGAUUUAUCAAAUAAGAACGUGAAACCACAAGAAAUUCUAUCAGUAUUGAAGGAGCAAAACACAGAUAAUUUGUCUACGCUGAAAACCAUUUACAAUGCACGGCAAAAGUUUCGUAGGACCGAACAUGCAGAAAAAUCCAUGGGACUACCUGAAAAAAGUGCAUCUUCGAGUCAAGUAUACACUGAGAAUGCAUCUGAUACAAAUAAGCCGGAGAGCACUAUUGAUCAUACGGAUCCGUCUAGAAUACUGAACACGUGUGAAAUAAAAGCAUUUAUGGAACAAUCGAUCAAGCAUGUAGAGAGUGCAUCCACAAACCCAACGCGUACUGCAUACAUAUUUGAUUCAAACAAGUCAAAGGGAACUAUUGAUAAUGUGGAUCCAUCUACAUCCCCAACCACAUGUGAAAUAAAAACAUUCAAGGAACAACUAAUCAACAAUGUAGAAAAUGCAUCUAGAAACCGAAUUUCUUCUACAAAGGCAUUUGAUGCAAGCAAGUCAAAGAGAAGUAUGGGUCAGAAGGAUUUAUUUGCAAUCCGAAACACUGAAACUUUCAUGGAACAACUGAUCAACAAUGAGAAAAGUGCAUAUCGGAACCCAAUGUAUACUGCAUAUGCAUUUGAUGCAAACAAGUUGACCAGAGGUUCUGAUUUCAUGGAUCCUUUUGCAAUCCCUAGCAGCUGUGAAAUAAAAACAUUUAUGGCACAGGGGCAGCCGAUCAAGCGUGAAGAUGGUGUAUCUCUGAGCCCAUUUUAUGCUGCUUACGCAUUUGAUGCAGAUAAGUUGAAGAGAACUAUUGAUAACAUGGAUCCAUUUGCUAUCGAAAACUAGGUGCAAGAGCUUGACACAGCUAAAUAUUGGUCUGUUAUCAAAAAUAGGUUUAACACUCUUUUGUAUAUAUACUGAUUAGAAAUAUAAGGGGGCUGUAGGUCCUAGAUGGUUCAGCCUUUUGGGACUAGAUACAGGCCAGGACAUGGACCCAGUUCAAGGCCUUUCGAGUGUUUGUGACUUUGUGCAUCUCUGUGAAAGGGUCAUGAGAUCUGUUAGCCGUUGAAUAGGUAACAUAGAUUCUUUGAAUGUAGAAAUAGUUUAUUUAUCUAAAGGUUUGUUAGAAUCAUCAUGUAGGAGGGAGAUUUUGCCCAAGGCAUAUCUUCGUUGGGGCAAAGAGAAGGAAAAGGUGUUGAAGAAAGUUAAACAAUACUGGCUGCUGCUGUUUGAGUCAACGGAUUAAACAAGUAGACAAUAAUGUUGAUAGUGAUGUAAAGGUUGAAUCAAACAUUAAAAUAGUGAAUAUGGAGGCGUUUAAUCUGAUGCAAAUGCUGGUCCGUGGAGA